GCGGCCUCCGGUGUGGUUACUAGUAUCCUGUAGGGACAUUCCGGUGGAUGACAUUAACAGUUGUUUAGGUCAGUUGCUGGGCGAUGGCAGUGCAGAGGGCUGUCAUCCAUCUCAAGGGUAUAAGAACAGCGAAAUUGCCGCCUGAGAUAGAAGCAGCUCAUCUUUAAACUUUCAUAGUCACUACCUCCGUGUGCAGACUCCCAGCAACAGCAUCAUGAAGAUCAUGGGAAGCGGCAUCGCCGCUUUUGGUCUGACGUCGAUCGUCAAUACAAUGUCAGUAAUGGCCCAGAACAUGUCGUUCGGAGCCGACAACUUCUACCGCAGUGACAGCGUCACGGUCCAGCCGAUCACCUUCGAGAACCAAUACGGGUUGACAAUCGGGGGCAACCUCUUCAUACGCAACAACUUCACUCGCAGCGUCGACGCGCCAGCCAUCGUCGUCGGUCACCCCAUGGGCGCCGUGAAGGAGCAGAGCGCGAAUCUCUAUGCCACAAAGCUGGCCGAGCAGGGCUUCGUCACGGUCUCGCUCGACCUCUCCUUCUGGGGCAGCAGCGAAGGCAAGCCGCGCAACGCCGUGUCGCCAGACCUCUACGCCGAGGCAUACAGUGCGGCAGUCGACUAUCUCGGCACGCAGGACUUUGUCGAUCGCGAGCGCAUCGGUGCCCUCGGCAUCUGUGGCAGCGGUAGCUUCGUGAUCAGCGCGGCGAAGAUUGACCCACGCAUCAAGGCCAUCGCGACCUCGAGUAUGUACGACAUGGGCGCUGCCAACCGCAACGGACUGCAGAAGUCGCAAAGCCUCGAACAGCGCAAGGAGAUCAUCGCCGGGGCCGCGCAGCAGCGCUGGACCGAGAUAGACGGUGGCGAGGUCCAGUACACCAGCGGCACCCCGGAUGAGCUCACGGCCGAUACGCCUGCUGUCGGACGCGAGUUCUACGACUUCUACCGCACCCCACGAGGUGAGUUCACGCCUGAGGGCACGACGCCAAAUCUCACGACGCACCCGACACUCUCGAGUAACGUCAAGUUCAUGAACUUUUACCCCUUCAACGAUAUCGAGACCAUCUCGCCGCGUCCGUUGCUCUUCAUCUCGGGUGAUCAGGCACACUCGCGCGAGUUCAGCGAGGAUGCUUAUGCGCGUGCGGCGGAACCGAAGGAGCUGUUCUGGGUGCCUAGAGCCGGUCAUGUCGAUCUCUACGACCGCGUGGAUCUCAUCCCAUUUGGCAAGAUCACUCAGUUCUUCCGCCAGAAUCUCAGCAAGACGGGAGCCAGCCGCAGGGCCAACUGAGAGGUCCAUCUCCAAUCUAUUACUCUAGUUCAAGAGUCCUUGGUGUGAAUCGGGGCGUUUAGAAUGAGAGUCAUGUACUCAGUUAGUCGAUAUACAGUUAGUUCAGCUUUUGCAACUAAACCAAUCUAGAUACUUCAAUUCUCAUUUGGAGUGGCGUUUCGGGAAAUUCUUUCAGCUCAUAGAUAUCACUGUGCAUAUCACUAGACAGAUAAAACCCUAAUUGGGUGUCAUAAAUGUAACUGUAGGUACUAAGUAUGGUAUACGGGUGCACGUCUUGUAGGAAUAGCCUGUCAGGUUAUUUCUAGAACAUCAUCUGCUGCAAGAAAGCGAUCUUCUGGAGAACUCAUAGUUUCCUAAAUAGUUGCACUUCGUAGCUUCGCAGUAAUUCAACGUCCGGAUCUUCGCUUCUUCAACUCCUAAGUUGCAACUCCAUGCUAUAUACAUGUCUGAUUAACUCAUCCACUAGUGUAGGAAAAAAAAAA